CGGGGCAAUAUACACACACAUUCCCUCCCCUCCCCUAAAAAUUGUUUUCAUAUCCUGAUCUUGCCUAUCAAGUGUAGAAAUUUAUUAGGUAAAAACUGGAAUUACUAUAUCCUCAAUCCUGCCUGCUUGCCUGCUUGUUUGUCUCCUCUCUCAUUGCUGCGCAUAUUUGAAUUCAAUUGAAAUAUUUUAGAAAAAAUCCAAAAAAAGAAACCUGAGUACCUGCUUGGCAGCCAUUUGAGCUAGUUCCAUUCCAUAGUAUAGUGAUAGUCCCCUUAAACCCCUUAUUUUGUGCACAGGGUUCAGUUCAGUGGCUGCUUACGCAACUUUCAUGAUGUUGAUGAUGAUUUAUCCGCUAAGGGCGCAUACUUUGUCAAACACUCACCUCAAUCGUGCUUCAUGCAUACACAAUAGGUGAAUUGAAUAUUUUUUGACGAAAUUCACAUAAAGCUAGAAGGUACAUAAAAAAUUGGAUAUAAGUCAAAUAAACAAUUCUGCACUCAUGCUAUAAUAAUGAAAGAAAGAUUCACUAUCUUGAAUUGAGAUUACAAAAACAAACUGGCGCAAAAAGGAGGCCACCACCCAGAAAAGCACAGCAGUUUCAAGAUAUUAUAGUAACAUUCUGUUUUUUUUUUUUUUUAUUAUUAAACUUUCUAUGACAAUGAAGAAUGGUUUUUCCACUAUCAAUCGAUUGCUUGGUAAGCAAAGAGAAUCAAGCAACUUAUCCAAGUCAACAACAAAUCUUAGCGUCACCAAAUCCACUGUAAAUAUCAACGACUCUAGUCAAUUACAUCAAAAUAGGAUAACACCUUUACCAAUUGCCACAAGCAAUGCACCAUUUGAGCAAACUUUUCGCAUCACAGUCUUGCUGCCUAGAGAUCAGCUCUAUGUGGCACGACUUGGUGCAAAAGUUCGAUUACAUAAGCUAAUGCAAUUGGUUUGUGAGAAUAAACAACUCGACGCGGAUAAAUACGAGUUCCAGCAUCCAGCUGAUCCUAGUCAAAUUUUUAGUUGUGACCUUACAAUCGGAGCUGUAGGACUUUCCGAAAUUCGUCUAUGUACCAAAUCAGAAAAUAACAAUACACUUCGAGUUGAAGAUGUCACAUCAUCAUCCAGGCACAAUUCUUUUUCUUCGUCAAAAUUUAGCAGAAAUUCCAAAAACAUAUCAAAUACCCCGAGUCUGUAUAGUUCAAUAAACUCACUCAAUUCUAUGAGUUCAUCUGGAAUUGAUACAACAUAUCGCAAUAUUUCACCGGCAACAACUCCAACAAAGCCAAUGGCUCCAGUUGUUCCAACUCGGAAAAAACGUUUGGCACCAAGGCCGCCAAGUCAAAUUUUAACUGUUGAUUCUGAUGCUGUUUCGACAAAAACUUUCGAAUCAGCAACAUCAAAUCAGUCUAGUUCAAUUAUCAAAACAGAAUUCGUGUCAUCAUCGAACAAUCUAGAUUCAAGAUUGGAACAAACUGUUUUAGGCACAAACAACAAUAACAAUGAUUUAAGUAAGAGCAAUAUAUCAAUUGACUGCAAUGGCAAUACCAAAGGAAGUCUACAUCAACCCAAUGAAGGUUGUAUUAAUGAGCAAUGCCAAGAAACGACUCAGACAAAAAUUUUACUCAAAAGUCAAAGCUCAUUAUGUAUUUCAACAAACGAUGAUACUUCGCCAAAUGGCAUUGAAAAUAAUUCAAGUAUCAACCAACCCGAGCCAUCACCGCGAAGAAAAGUCCAAACGCUACCGAAAAAGUCAGUACCAGUGGCUCCACCAAGAUCAACAAAACCUCCAAUUGAAUUGAUUGAAGAAACUCAACCUGAAGAUAAAGUGUCCACAGCGCUUUUAAUAACUCCUGUGCCUUUGCCCAGGUCAGCUUCAAUGGAGAACUUAAUUUCAGAACCCAUAGUUGACAAUUCCAAAAAUAUAACCAAGAUUCAUAUGAAUCCAAGUCCAACACCUGAAUCAAAUUCGGUCUUACAAACCGAAGAGGUUAAAUCAGCUCCUAUCGAGCUUGUUGAUGAGGAGGUUAAGGAGCCCAUUUUAGAUGGAAAAGAAUCGUGGAAGAGUUCUACGCCAAGUUUAGAAUCAAAACACAAGUCAUUCAUUGAAUCAAGCUCUGAAGAUGAUGAAAUGGUCAAGGUUUAUGAUCUAAGCCUUAGAAAGACUAUCGUGAAAAGUUUGUCAAAUCAUAAGACCUCUGAAGUCAUUGAGGUAGCGUCGACAAAUAAAGAGUCACAUCAACCAAGUUCUCCUGCUGCGGAGAAAAAUACUGUCAAAUCUCCAGACUUGGUUGAUUCAUCUGAAAAAAAGGUCAUAAAGGAUAUUCCAGUGGAACCUGAAGUCAAAAUUGAGGUCAAUUUGUCAAUUGCGGAAGCUCAACAGCCUCUUAGCAGUCCUGUUAAAGAGAAUCUAGAGUCAAGUGUACCAACCAAGACCCAAGAGCACCAAAACAAUACACUUAUCGAAGAUGAGCCUAGUAAACAUAUAGAAGAACAACGAAUAACAGAGGAAGUAAAAAAAGUAGAGAAUAUUGAUGUCAUCAAAUGCGAGGAACUUUCACCCAAACCCGCAGAAAUCAUCGAGAAAAUUAAAGAAGUAAUAUUAGAAACCCUUCCGGUAAAACCAGAUUUGCCAAAAUUACAAGAAAUUCCAAAAACCCCCGAAUCAGAUACCAAGCUAUUGAUCACACAACCUGUCGUUGAAUUGGAAACACCCAAUUCCAAAGUUAUUGACAACACGAUAACCAUCACUAACGGCACUGAUGAAACAAACCUUUCUAACAAACAAAAACCAUUGCUAACCACAUUGGAACGUUUAGGAGGUGAUGAAGAGCUAGAAAGCAUACCAGACACAGCAAUACAAUCAACCAAACACAGUUUGGCAGCUCGUAGCUCUUCAUUUCUAUCGCUGACACAAUUCGAAUUUAAAAAUCAGCGAAAUCAAAACACUACCGAUGACUAUUUCAGUCGACGUCGGUCGUCGAGUGAACUCAGCAUUGGUGAAUCACCAAGUCUCCAAAGCAUUGGAGUCAUGAAGUCUAUUUUGAAUUCACGAAAAAGCAGUUUAUGCGGCUCGGAUGAAUCAAAAACCCCCCCAAUUGAAUGUGAUAUCCAUCCAAUGGAAGAACCAUCACCAAAGAGUAAAAAUAAUAUAUUUAAAACAAAUACAACAAUUAAAUCGAGUGAAGAGAAAGUCUAUCGGUAUUCUGGGCCACCGAAUAUACAAUUUUCCACAUGGAGUGAACGACCAAAGGUUCAGGUUUCAAUAAAAGAUGAACAAGACUGCAAUUUGGAUAAAAAUAAGAGCGGCCAAAAGUCACCACCAACAAGUAUAGCGGUUAGUAAGCCAGAUUUGGUGGUGCUGCAGAGAAAUAAUAUGAAUUCCGGUAGAGAUUUGGAUCUUGUUAGAAAUACUCAAAAGGUGACACUGAGAGAGAACAGCAUCAGUUCAAACUAUUCAAAACCGCAGAAUCCAAUACCAACUUAUACAAUUCCAAAGUUUAUAUUGGGCUCUCGAACGUCUUGGUCUGUUGCAACAGCAGCUUCAGCUGUUUCAAAUGGGAACAGCUCGUUAACACAAGAUAAUCGACCGCCCAUCAAUCAGAAACCCAUAUUGCGACCGACUUCGAUGACACAACUUAAUUCAAGUUCUGUGAUCAGACAAACUCCGUCGCCGUCGUCGCCACCGCCACCAGUUUUUGGUCAGGGUACUUUGCGAAAGACCGGUUUUAAGGAAAAAAUUGUACCUUUACAAGAUACUAAUGAUACUGAUGUCUCAAAACCAAUACCCUUUACCCUCAAAAAUAACCAAACAAAACCACAAAUCACACCAAAAACCUUUAUACACAGCAGCUCGCGGACAGAAACACCUGUUUCAGUAGCGGCUGUUCCUCAAGCACCUCCUCCACCACCAAUUAUUCGAGCAGUUGUGACAAAACAGAGAUCACAGAUGCCAUCAUCGUUAUCUGUGGAUCCUAGAGAUCAGUUACUUUCGGCAAUACGUAACUUCAAACUGGACGAACUUAAGAAUUCAAAUAUUAAAUGAAUAAUAAAUACAAUUUAACCGGUUGAUACUGUUGA